AUGCAGGUUGAUCUAGCAGUACGAUAUUUAUUUUUAUUCUCCCUGCUUACUCUCUGUACAUAUCAACAAAUUCACAGUGAAACAACAGAAACAAAGCAACAUAAACAAUUAGACAGUGACGAAGAACACACUGAUAAACGGCAUAGAAUAGUAGCUUCUAAUAUCUACUCAUCAUCAAUAGCAAAUGAGUUUUUGUCAUAUGAUAAAUGUAUGCAACGCAUGAAAUGUCCAGUCAGUCGUAAGGAAGAUUGCAGUGAAGAAUGUCAAGCAGGUAAUACAGAAGAAGAAAUUGAAGAACAUGAAGAAAUAAUUAAUAAUGAAGAUCGAAAUUCAUUGAGUAAAAAGCCGAAACCACGAUACAAUACAGAUACUAAAAAACGAUCAAACAAAAGUAAAACGCCUUCAGAGAACAAACAAGCAUCGAUGAAUACAACUGAUCAAGAAAAAAUAAAAACGGAUUUAUAG